AUGACGGAGCUGCUGGUCGCGGAGAUCGGCCGGAAGCCGUCGGACAGGUCCCUGAACGACAGGGAGGGCUACUCGUUGGCAGCCGGCUUCGCCCUCGGGUGCGUGUGCCUGGGCUUGGGUGCGGAGGCGCCGGGCCUGGCGGACCUGCAGCUCCACACGUGGUUACUUCGCUACGUUCACGGCGGGGCAGAGAUGUCGGUUCCAGGUGCUGCCGCGCGAGAUCAGAAGGACAAUCCCAACCACGACCCCGCCACCUGCAGCUCGCUGCUGCAGGAACCCGAGGGCAUCAACAUGUCGGUGACCUCUGCGGGCGGAUGCGUGGCGCUCGGCCUGGUCUUCCUGAGGACGGGCAACGAGGCCGUGGCCUCGCGCAUCGUGAUCCCGCAGAACGUGUUCCAGCUGGACUACGUCCGGCCCGACUUUGCGAUGCUGCGCCUGGUGGCACGGUGCCUCAUCAUGUGGGAAGGCAUCGAGGCGUCCGACGCGUGGGUGGACCAACAGGUCCCGCCUUUCCUUCUGCAGCUGGAGUCGGCGGCCCUCGCCGCCGGGCGCAGUGAGGACCACGACGGCAGACCAGGUGCAUUGGGCCGGCCGCAGACGCCGGCGGGCAGCCCACCUGACAUCGACUGGCUGCUCGUGGGCCAGACCAGGGCCAGCUUGGCCGCGGGGGCCUGCUUGGCAGUGGGGCUGCGAUUCGCGGGGACCGGCGACGCGGGUGCCAAGCGGCUCCUGAUCGCGAGGCUGCAGCAGUUCCGGGACGCGCGUCGGAACGACGCUCAUCCGGCUUUGAUGGCGUCGCAGCCGACGCCAGGAAUGGAUUUGGACAGGUCCACCUUGGAGACGUGCCAGUCCGCCUUGGCCGUGGCGUUAGGCAUGGUGAUGGCUGGCACGGGCGACCUGAGCGCCUUGAAAGCAUUGAGGAGUUUGAGGAAGAAGGCGGACCAGGAGACCAGCUACGGCGUCCACAUGGCCACGCACAUGGCCAUCGGUUUCGUUUUUUUGGGCGGGGGCAGAUAUACCUUCGGCCAGGAUCCGGUGUCCAUCGCGGCGUUGCUAAUGGCGACUUUCCCGCGUUUCCCGACUGCGCUCACAGACAACCGAUGCCAUUUACAGGCGUUUCGGAAUUUGUACGUCCUCGCCGCGAAGCCUCGCGGGGUGGAGGCGGUUGAAGUCGAGACGCAGCAGCCCGUGGAUCUGCAGGUCCUCGUGGAGACCAGCCGAGGCACGGAGCCCACGAUGCUGUCACAGUUGAUGCUGACGUCCGACGACGUGCAGUCGGUGACACUUCAGAGCGAGGGCUACUGGCCCGUCACGAUCCGCCGGCCUCUGCCUGGGACGUGCCCCGCCGCGGGCCGCUGGCUGCGCUCGCUCGAGGCCUGCCGCAGGCUGCACGUCAAGCGCCGCAGCGGGCAGCUGCCAGACCCGCAGGACCCCGCCGGCGCGCAGGCUGCCUCGCAGGUCGCCGGCGUGGCGCUGGACUGCCUCCGCCGCGCCGCCGCGGAGGGCGGCUGCGGGAGCGAGCCGUGCGGGCCGGGCCCGGCCGAGUACGCGGCGGCCCUGUGCUGCGCGCCGCCGCCGCUGCUGCCCGCGGGCGCCUGCAGCCUCGACUUCGAGGACGGCGGCUCCCUGUGCGAGCGCCUCGCCCCGCUGCUGCGCGCGCGGGCUCCCGCGCCCGAGGUGCAGGCCGCGCGCGGGGGCGAGCCGCAGGCGCCGCACGCGCGCUACGGCCGCUGGCUCCAGGAGUGCGUCGCGGGCUCCAAGCUGUGCGCCUACCCGCUCUACCUCCGCAUCUACCUGCAGACGCAGCACGCCGACGCGGGCCUGGGGGCCCAGGGCGGCCUCUCCAGCGGCCUGCCGGCCGCCCCGUGCUGCUCGGCCGCGGCCAUGGACCAGCUGGCGUCGGUGGAGCAUUUCUACAACCAUGCCAGGAGAGACCUCGGCGCGCAGCACCCGCCGCUGCUCUCCGAGGGCUUCCUCGCCAGCCGGGGCGCUGCUCUCCGGGGGGCGUUCGCGGAGGGCGGGGCGCUGGCGGGCGCCCUGGCCGCGGCGCUGCGUGGCCCGGGCGGCAGCCUGCCUCUGACGGCGGCAGCCACCGAUGGUGCAGGCGAGCUGGCUGCCGAAGAGUUGGUGAGCAUGUACCUGCGUCUGCACGGGCUGCCGCGGGACCUGUCAGAUUUCGACAUGGUCCUGGGCGACUGCCCCGCCGUCGCAAUGAUGGCGCUGCCUCGCUUGCGGCGCGCGUUUCCAGAUGCAUCUGUGCAGGGUUUGCAGAAGCUGUUGGCAGCUCUAAGCGAUGCCAGCGUCAUAUUGGUGGUGGCGGUGGCGUAUCGGCACAACGAGCGGAGCAAGGGUAAUAGGCCUCGGCACAACAGGGCAGGCGUGGAGAUCGGGCGGGGCGGCUCGAAGGCAGAGGCUGCCCCGGCGCAGAGCCCCGGCCGCGCGCCCUGGCGCCGGGGGAGCCCUGCUGAGCCUCCAGCCUCGGGCAUGUCGCCGUGCCAGGGCGGCCUGCCAUCCGCCCUCGAGGGCGCGGGCGACGCGGCGCCCGGCCCCGGCGCGGCCGCGGGGGAGGCGGAGGAGGCGCCGCCGUGCGGGAGCGGCCUGCGCUCCGCCCUCGACGGCGCGGGCGACGAGGUGCUCCAGGGCGCCCUCGUGGAACUCUUCCGCGCCCGCCCCGGGCUGCUGCGCGGCGUCCUCGCCGCGCUGCGGCGCCCCGGGCCCUCGCCCGAGGCCGCGGGCGACCACGCGCUGGGCACGGUGCCCGUGAGGCGCCUUCAGGGCCCCCUUCUCAAGGAUGCCCUUCGAAAGGAGGCGGGAGGCGACGGCGAGGGCCUGGUCGAGCCCGCCGCGGCCAGGCCGCGGAGCCCGCCGAAGGCCGCGGAGCCUCCAGGCGGGCCGCCGAGGAGCCCGCUGCAGUCCGUGAACGGCGUGCUGGCCCCGGGCUACUUCCGGCCGCGCGAAUCGAGAAGCUGCGGCGCGGGUGGGCUCCGCGGAGGGGGGACCGUGGUCGUAGCGAGCGGGUUCGUGCUCCGCGGGAUCCAGCGCCUCCUCGUGGCGCUCGUGGAAGGCAGGGAGGAGCCCUACGCGGACGGGCUCAUCGACAAGCCGCAUUUCCUGGACGCGGCGGCCUCGAAGCGCGGCGCGGAGCAGUACUCCGAAUUCCUGGCGAGCUGGCCUGGCCGGCGGCUGUUCAAGACGCACGCGCUGCCCAGCGAGGUGCCUUUCAGGUGGCCCCCAACAGAGGAGGAGGUGCGAGGAGACACUGUUCCAAAGGUCGCGGUUCUGGUUUCGGAUCCUCGAUAUGCAUUGUCGGUCACGUGGGAAGCCAUGAUCCUCAUGGGCAUCGAUUUGCCGAUACGGGGCGGCGGGCGUAAUUUCGCUGACUUCGUCGAUGCUGUCGUGAACCGAGACUUCCUCUUCUGCAUAGAUCCCUUCAACCAUUUCGUGGAGUGGGCUCGGGAGGCAGUGAGAUGGCCGGGCCACGUCAAACUCUUCGAGGCGGAUCGGUUUGCUUCACAAAACCCCAAGGAGGUUGCCGCUGUAUGCGCCGAGUUUGCAGAUUUCAUUGGCAUUCCAGAGCCCGCCAGCGCAGCCGCUCGCCUCGUGGCAGCGAUAGGGAAUCGGCCAGGCAACGCAUCGCUCGCACUUGCCAGGGACGACGUUCCGAACCUCGACGCCAUCCGUGGCGGCCCUCUGGUGGAGUUGCUGGGCCCCCGUGUGCAGACAUUCGAGUCAGCCGCUGCGACCUUGAGCUUCGGCACCAGGGCGGAGUAUCGCCGGCUCCUGGGCAGCAUGAGAGACGUCCCCAUGCUGGCCGCGCUCGCCCAGCGCGCGAUCGACGGCGUCAUGACAACGCUACCGCCACGCCUGUGCGCGCCCUUGAAGGGCGCGGCGGCGCACGCCGCCGGGACGUGCCGCCCGUGCGUCUUCGCGCUGCGCGGGGCUUGCCGCGAUGCAGCCGAGAUGUGCGCGUUCUGUCAUCUGCCAGGGCACGCCAGGCCCAAGCGCCCCAGCCACAACAAGCGGGCGAAGCUCAGCGCCAGGAAGUCGCAGGCGCGCUGCCGUACCCCCUCGGUCGACGGGCUCUCCUCCUGA